AUGUCUGUCACCGCCUUAUUCCUCGGCCAUCAGGAUAUAUCGCGACGUCUGACUGGUAAUGUUUUUUCGGAUGAAAUGUGGAGCCUGGAGAGUCUGAGUGCGAAAGAGGCCGCAGGUGGGAGUGUCGAUGGGAUGUGCAUUCCAGGUGCUAAGGUCAAGGAUGUGCGUAGUGUUAGUCGGGCUCGGGCCGGGCUCAAAGCCCAGGGCUUGGGCCGGGUUUGGACGGGCUUAGGCCUCACAAAAGUGAUAGACGGAGGCAAGGAGGAAAAGAGUGGAGACAAGUUCGUAGGCAUCAAGGAAUCUCACAAACAUGGGCAGUCCAUCAGCAAGUCUAUAGAUACAAGUGAGAGACGAAGUUAUCUACGGAAAUCGGCAAGUAGCCGGGCUUGGGCUUUCCAAAGCAUGAGCCCGAGCCCAAAGCCCUAUAGAGAGUCAGGCCGGGCUCGGGCCGGGCUGUCCAAACCCGGGCCAGGCUUGGGCGGGCUUGGGCUUUUGAGCCCGGCCCAGCACAACACUAGAUUCGAAAGCCGUCUACUUGUCCUGCUUGCAGACCUUUCAUCCUUGUCGGAAAAUUGGGUACAGAAGGAUUUUGACGAUGACGAUGACGAGUGGGUCUUUGUAAACGUGCAUCGGGACUGA